AUGGUGAAGUUGACUAUGAUUGCUCGUGUUACUGAUGGUCUUCCACUAGCUGAAGGAUUAGAUGAUGGUCGUGAUCUUAAAGAUGGUGAAUUUUACAAACAGCAAGUCAAGGCGUUGUUUAAGAAUCUAUCAAGAGGGCAUAAUGAGGCGUCGAGGAUGUCAGUUGAAAGUGGUCCUUACAUUUUCCAUUAUAUUAUAGAAGGAAGGGUCUGUUACUUGACUAUGUGUGAUCGGGCAUACCCUAAGAAACUAGCAUUUCAAUAUCUUGAAGAGCUCAGGAAUGAGUUUGAGCGUGUUAAUGGGGCUCAAAUCGAAACUGCUGCCAGACCUUAUGCCUUCAUUAAGUUUGACACGUUUAUACAGAAGACAAAGAAACUUUACCAGGAUACCCAUACACAGCGCAAUAUUGCAAAGUUGAAUGAUGAACUUUAUGAAGUCCACCAGAUUAUGACUCGAAAUGUGCAGGAAGUUCUUGGUGUUGGUGAACAGUUGGAUCAGGUCAGCCAAAUGUCCAGUCGCCUAUCAUCAGAAUCUCGCAUAUAUGCCGACAAGGCCAAAGAUUUAAAUAGACAGGUCAAAGAUUUUUGCUAUUUUUGCUUUGGAUAUAUUUUAAUCUUAGGGCAACCAGUUGUCCAAAGCUCCAGUCACCGUGGGCUCUAA